UUUGACCCCAUUCUUCAAUUGCAGAAAGGGCUAACGGACCUAUAACAUUCACCUGGUUUCAUAUUCCAUCAGCCCACUAGUCACUGCCCCUCCCCCGUGUUGUCCUGCGCUUCGGACAGCUGCUUGCGACCCUGCGACCUGCGACCCUGCGACCCUUGUGAGUUGCGAGCUUGCAUAACACCUUAUUUUCCUCCGCACUCUUUAUCUAUAUAUUCCUUUUCUCUCUCUCUCUUUCUCUCGAGAUCAUGCCUUUUGAUUCAUCAUACCACGGUCAAUCAGCGUCCCGAGUUAAGAGUUUAGCAAAACAAAUGUCGCCGCCAUCAGCAUCCAACUUCACGGCUGAGGUCGUUCCUCAAGCUCCUGAGGAUCCUCUGUUUGGUCUCGUAAGAGCUUUCCGAGCUGACGAAGAUCCCAACAAAGUAGAUUUAAGUAUCGGCGUUUAUCGAGACGACAAUGCUAAGCCUUGGAUAUUAUCAGUAGUAAAGAAGGCCGACGAUAUCCUCCACAACGAUCCCGAGCUAAACCACGAAUAUGCCCCUAUCUCUGGUCUCGCCUCGUUCACCAGCAAAUCUGCCGAGUUGAUCCUCGGUGGUGCCGACUCCCCUGCGAUUAAAGAGAAGCGCGUUGCUUCCUUCCAGACCAUCUCGGGCACCGGUGCCGUCCAUCUGGGAGCUCUGUUCCUCGCCAAAUUUUACAAAGGAACCAGAAAAGUCUAUCUCUCGGACCCUACGUGGGCAAACCACCACCAGAUCUUCACCAAUGUCGGCCUCCCCAUCGCCAGCUACCCCUACUUCUCUAAGGAGACACGAGGUCUGGACUUCGAGGGUAUGAAGUCGGCCUUACUCGGCGCUCCGGAUCGAUCAGUUGUUCUGCUGCACGCCUGCGCGCACAACCCUACCGGUGUCGACCCUACACUAGAGCAGUGGAAGGAGAUCGCAGAGGUGAUUCGUCUGAAGAACCACUUCCCUUUCUUCGACUCCGCAUACCAGGGCUUCGCGUCGGGUGACCUGUUGCGCGACAAUGAGGCCGUCCGAUACUUCGUCGAACAGGGAUUCGAGUUCGUCGUAGCACAGAGCUUCGCCAAGAACUUCGGUCUGUACGGUGAGCGAGCCGGCUGCUUCCACUUCGUCACCGCGCCCGCGCCGGACGCCGAGGCUACGGCCACCCGAGUCGCGUCUCAGCUGUCCAUCUUGCAGCGGUCCGAGAUCUCGAACCCGCCGCUGUACGGCGCGCGCAUCGCCAGCAUCGUGCUGAACGACAAGGCGCUCUUCUCGGAGUGGGAGGAGAACCUCAAGACCAUGUCCGGCCGCAUUAUGUCCAUGCGCGACGCCCUGCGGUCGAAGAUUGAGGAGCUGGGCACCCCCGGAACCUGGAACCACAUCACGGACCAGAUCGGCAUGUUCAGCUUCACCGGCCUGUCCGAGGCCCAGGUCCAGAAGAUCCGCUCCGACUACCACAUCUACAUGACGAAGAACGGCCGCAUAAGUAUGGCCGGCCUGAACACCCGGAACGUCGAGUACGUCGCCAAGGCGAUCAACGCCGUCGUUCGGGAGGUUCAGUAAGGAAAGGAAAGGCGAGGCGAGGAUAGGAUGGAAUAGGACAGAUGUUUAGGUAUGUUGAGAGAGCGAGGAAGGGGGGAGAGGGGUAGGGAUAUGCGUGGGUCUUACUUGAUGAUGACUUCUUCGGUGUUUCGGUCAUGGGAAACAAAACGUAAAUCGGAUUGGAGUCAUAGAACUCUCUCUCUCCUCGUUUUUAAGGCAAUUUAUUAUUACUGGGUUGCGCCCUUCGUCCCUUCGUCCCUUUUUUUAGGGUUGACGACUGGAUCCGAAAUAUGAUUAUGGAUGAACAUGAUCAUGAUCAUGCGAUAGAUUUAUGAAACGUGUCGCUUUUACUUGGUAGUAGUGUAAGUACGAAGAGAACUUGUUAUACGUCUCUGGAGACGUCACAUCACAUUCCUUUCCUUUCCACAGCUGAGUACUAUCUACCUGGAUAGUCGAGGACUCUACGACACCACAUCUAUGUAUGUUAGGUACCUAUGUUCUAAUCUUAGAUUCUCGUAGGUUCGUUCU